AUGAGAGGUUACGGUAAGCGUAGCAGUUCUGUCAUCUUGUUGUUGACUAACAAUGAAGAUAGGAGUGAUGUAGAGUUCAGUGAUUCUUCAGACAAUGAUGAAACACGUAGAUUGGAAAUGAAUGGAAGUAAAACUAGAUUGGUUGAUGGGAGCGUUGAUAUAAAUGAAUUCAGUUCUAAUGCCAUUGCUAGCUCACCAUUGAAGGAUAAGAGAGGGUCAUCUGAAUCAAUUAGGGGACCAGAUUCUAGCAAUCCAACUGGGUCUAAUAAAACUCGAAAACAAGAUUCCAGUAUAGCUACUCGAGAAUUAGAUAUAUUUGAUUUCUUAGAGACUAAAACUACUCAUAAAAAGAGGAGAACGAAUUAUAGAAAAAGUACAACAAUUGAUGACACGGAUGAUUCUGUUGUUAACUUUACAUCUGACUUAUCAUAUUCAGUUGACAAUAGUGAAAUAAACGAAACUAUUGAAGGAUUAGAUUCAUUUCUAAUGUCUUUGCAAAAGGUAAAAAAGGAUGAAGUGCUGGAUCAACUUAACAUUAUGACCAAAGAGGAUGAAUGUGCUUUUAACGAGUUAACAUCAACUACUAAUUCAAGUAAAAAAUUGUAUGACAGAAGGAGAACAUUGUUAAAAAAACAAAAAUCUGAUACUGAUUCUGAACUUGAUGAGGAGGAGGAUGACAAUGAGAAAGAAAAGAACGAAAGGCAAUUGUCCAAUUCCCUUGACAGAAAAGAUAAGAAAUCAAAAGAAACUAGCAAAAUAUUAUCUAGUGAAUUUAAUAGCCAAGAGGCUGACCUUUCAAGUACUCAGCAUUUUUUAGAACUAAAACACAUUGGUGGAACGUUACGAUUCGAAGAUGAUCUAGAGUUUUUAACAUCAGGAUCUCCAGAAAAGCUAACAAAAGAUAAAUUUAUUUCAAAAUUAUUGAACUUUUCACUAGCUAUACAGACGGAUAAAGAUUUAAUAUCGUAUAUUAAUAAACAUUGCAAAAAUGAAGUGUAUGAGUGGUGCUUUACUAAAGCUACGGUUAGAGAUCCUAUCAUAAUAUUACUUCUUGGGGUUAUUUGUCAUGAAAUUGAAAUACCGAUAAAUGAACAUAAUAUUGAUUCGCAUUUAACAAUGCUCUCAGAGUUGAGUAAACAGCACGACAUUCCUGAAGAUACAACUUUAACACAAAAGUUGGUCAAAUUAAAUUAUAAGGAUUUUGUCAAUAUUAUAUGUCCAAAUACUGGCGUUACAUAUACUAUUAAACUACUUGAAAAAAAUACAUCUGUUCUAAUGAACCAAAGUUCUUGCCAGAAGAUAACAUGCACAUUAUUAAAGAACUACAAUGAACUUCAAACACAGGAUCAAGACUUAUUAAUGAAACAUCUUCAAGAUAUUCUAUCAAAUUACAAAUUUGAACUAAAUUUUCUACAAAAUGUUGUCAACUCUUUGGAAAGUAUAUUCAUGUCAGCCAAUGGUAAUACUGAGGUUUUAAAAUCCUUAAUUUUGAUAACUAACGACCAAGAAAUGGUUAAGCAUAUAAAAUACCAAACUAAGCAAAACAUGUACAACACCUGCAGUACUCAUAUAGUCAAUCAUUUUUUCAGCAGGAAAGGAUCUAUUAUAGAGCUUUUAUUACUUUACAAUGGAUUACUUUUAAACAUAAUUUCACAAACAAAUAACGAUUUACAAUUAUCAAGAGAGACACUGGAUAAUUUCACAAAGAUAUACAAUAAACUUAAUGAUGAAACUCCAAACGAAUCAAACCAAUUUCUGCAUGAUAUGAUUUAUUUAAAUUUUGCUUAUUUAUUACGACAAUUUCAAGAUUCUAACUUAAUCAAUGAUACUACCACUAGUGAACUGCAUAGCAAAUUGAAACAAUUUAACCUUUCAGUCAAGGAAUAUAAUAUCAAUUUAUCUAGAAAGAUUGAACAAAUUCUAAAUAUAUAA